UUGGUGGGGUGCGCGGUUUAUUGUGAAGAGAAAAUGGACAACAGAUACAGUCGGGUGAAGAAUUGUUUUUAAUUCUUUAAAGAUGACCUGUGUUGUCAUCUGUGAGGACUGACACACUGAAUAUAUUAAACGGAGACACACAGGGAGAUAACCAAGUAGGCCUUUAGCUGUUGGAGAUCGGAGCGCCUGGACAUCGGGUUGCCUGAGCGAGAUGAGCUUCUCUCGGGAGAUAAAGCAGCUGCAGAAAGCAAAGACUAAAGCACAGAGCACUAACAAUCUGAGAGAAGAGGCCAACCUGUGCAACCAGCUAGGAGAGUUGCUAGCUAAGAAUGGAGAUUUCCAGGCUGCCAUUGAGGAGCACCGGCAGGAGCUGGUGCUGUCAGAGGUUCUACAUGAUGUGAUUGGCUGUGCUGUUGCUAACAGAAAGAUUGGAGAGUGCUUUGCAGAGCUGGGCAACAUAGAGGCAGCACUGAAGCACCAGAGGCGCCACCUGUCUCUGGCUUGCUCAGUCAACGAUGCAGCAGAGGAGCAGAGGGCCCUUGCCACCAUAGGGCGGACCUUCCUGUACCGCUAUGAGUCUGACCAAUCACAGGACAGCUUACUGCAGGCGGAGGAAGCCUUUAAGAAGAGCUUGGCGAUCGUGGAUGAGCGGCUGGAGGGUGCGGUGCCUCCUCGAGAGCUCAGUGAGAUGCGAGCUCGGCUGUACCUGAACUUAGGCUUCGUCUACGAUGGGCUGAGGGACCCCCAGCGCUGUAAUGACUUCAUCCGCCGGAGCGUCUUCAUCGCAGAGAAGAAUCAGCUACUGGAGGAUCUGUACCGUGCCAACUUCAACCUGGGCAGCAUCCAUUUCCGCAAUGGGCAGCAUUCCCGUGCUGUGCGUUGCCUGGAGCAGGCCAAGGAGUGUGCUCGCAAGCUGAAGGACAAAUACUGUGAGGGCGAGUGUUAUCACAGCAUAGGACAGGUGCUGCUGUCGCUGGGAGACUUUGUUGCUGCUCGACGAUCCCUGAAAAAGGCCUUCAAACUGGGCUCCCAGCAGGCAGCUGAGAAGGAGACUGUGAAAAAGAAUCUCAAACAUGCGAUCCGCGGCUGCGCGCUGGAGGAGGGCCUGUCGGAGGUGUCGGAGGGUCGGCCGCAGGAGGCUGUGGGGCUGGCUGAGCAGCUGGGAGACCUGUGCUGUAAAGUGGGCUGCUUCAGCAAGGCCCUGGAGGCCUACAGCACACAGCUGUCCAGUGCAAUCUCUCUGGGGAAGCCUGAUAGGGAGUUGGCUGUGAUCCACGUGUCUCUGGCUGCAACUUACACUGACCUCCGGAAGCACGACAAGGCAAUACAGCAUUACAGACAGGAGCUGGCACUCAGAGAGGGCAACCCCCGGGAGGAAUGCGAGACCUGGUUGAACAUCGCUGCGUCUCUGGAGGAGAGCGCCCACGGGCUGGAGGAGCUGGAGCCCUGCUACAGCGCCGCCCUGCAGUGUGCGCAGAGAGCCGAGCAGCCCCGACUACAGUAUCGAGUGCUGAAGCAGCUGCUGUGUGCCCAGCAGCGGGCGGGCUCCUCCCGCGCAGACGGCACAGCCUCUCGGCUGCAGGAGCUGUGUGGCGCAGGGGAGUGGAGUGGUGGCGAGAGCGAGGAAGAGCUGGAGGGGGAGGAGAACAGUGAACCCCUGGAGGAAAGCGACCUGGAGCUGUCUGACUCAGAUGACGAGGAUCUUGAGGGAUAUGACAAGAUGGUCACUGGCAGGAGAAAGACUAGUCGGUGGAACCGCCGCAAUGAGAAGGGUGAAACCCCACUGCACCGGGCCUGUAUCGAUGGCAACCUGAAGCAGGUCCAGUAUCUGGUGGAGCAGGGUCACCCUGUGAACCCCAGGGAUUAUUGUGGGUGGACUCCCCUUCAUGAGGCCUGUAACCAUGGACAUCUAGAGAUUGUGCGCCUCCUCCUGGAGAGGGGUGCCAAUGUGAAUGACCCCGGUGGUCCGAUGUGCGAGGGCAUCACUCCACUGCACGAUGCGCUUGGCUGUGGGCACUUUCUCGUGGCCAGGCUGCUGGUGGAGAAGGGGGCAUCUGUGAAUGCCAGGAACACUAAGGGUGAGACCCCCCAGGACGGCCUGCGGCACUGGCUAAAGAUGUACAGCAAACACCUGGACCAGGAGACACGGCAGGACUGUGUCGACAUGGAGAGAUUGUUGAAGAGCGCAUCUGUUAGGGGAGUGUUGGUCCCCAAAGCCGCGGUGCUGCAGGACUCUGAGCUGUUUGACGCCGAGAACUCAGAGCCACUGGUCUCCUCCGGGGGGCGCUGUUCUCAGACUGCUCAGCCCACAAGGGACAGCGGGCGCAGCCCUGGCAGAGCAGGUGACUUCAGUGACCUGGGAGCAGGCCACCACAGGGGCACCCGGCGAUAUUCCAGCAGCAGUGUGUGGCCGAGAGGCGGAGAGGAUGAGUGGGAAAGUGACACUGUACCGUCUCAGCGUGUCUCGCCGCAGAGCAGCCCCUCACGCAGCGAGAUCGACUCGGACUCCUCCGUGAGCCCCCUCCGCCCUGUCUGCCCCCGCCUCCGCCUCCCAGCCUCCCCCGUGCCCACUGAAGAGGUCCUGUCGGCAACAGGGAGGGAGGCAGAAGCUCCUGCUUUCAGUGGGAGGGAAGAGUACCAGAGAGCCAUGAGGGGCCUGGGCAGUGCCAAGUCCCGUCUUUUAAGUCAGGGCCUAUCAGAACAGGAACUUAGUACCAGUGCAGCGGUGUCAGUCAAUGGCAGGUCUGCGCUUGUGCGGGAAGAGGAGUACGUGGAUGAUGAUUGGCUGGAAGAUGAUAUUGGUGCGGCUCAACCCAGGAAGAGGAGACGAGUUGGUUCUGAACAAGAAAUGAGAAGGGAAACUCCAAGUGCCCGCUCAGAGACUAGGGGGCAGAACAACUCUUCUGCAGCACCAGAAGUUGUUCCCAAAGUUCCCAGCGGGGCCAGCAGGGGUCUCUCUCUGAGGCGUGGCGGCUCUCGCGUGCGGCAGGUGAAGAUGACUCAGCUGUCGGGCAUGGUGGUGCUGGGCAGGCGGGACACCAGCCGACCCCAGAGCCCCGUGCACGAACCUCCCACUUGGCCCAGCCAGCCCAGUCUGACCACACAGUCCCCCAACACGCAGUCUGGAAGUCUUCUACAGCCUGUAGCUGCUCCUCUUCCUUUACCAAUCAGAGUGAGGGUCAGAGUUCAGGAUAAUGUCUUCCUCAUACCUAUUCCUCACAGCGAGGCGGAGUCCUGCACAGUGUCCUGGCUGUGUGAGCAGGCGGCCCAGCGGUAUUAUCAGGCCUGUGGCCUACAGCCUCGGCUCUCUCUGCAGAAGGAGGGAGCCCUACUUGCCCCCCAGGACCUGUUGCUGACUGUACUGCACAGCAACGAAGAGGUGCUGGCAGAGGUGACCUCCUGGGACCUGCCUCCCCUUCUGGAGCGCUACAGGAAAGCCUGCCAGAGUCUGGCUGUAGAUGAGAACAAACGGGUGUGUCGGCUCUGUGAAGUCCAGGAUGGCAGCCCCACUCUCUCAGUGUCCGGGCUCAGUCUUUCUCCUCUCGCUCUGACUCCCUUGUUGCGCUGCUUGAAACUGCAGUCGUGCCUCAAGGAGCUCCGUCUCUCGGGCAACCGCCUCCGUGAUGACCUCAUGGCUGAGCUUGUUGCCACGGCAACCACCUUGCCCAAUCUUCACAUUUUAGACCUUUCUGCCAAUCACAUUACAGGGGAGGGGCUUAAGAAGGCCUCUGCUACACUGGAUGGGCGGAGCCAACCUGCAUUCCCGUGUCUGGAGGAGCUGGACCUCAGUGUCAACCCUCUAGGAGAUGGGGUCUCUCAAGCCUUGUCUUGUCUGCUGUCAGCCUGCCCCCUGCUGGCCACUCUCAAACUGCAAGGCUGUGGGCUGAGUACCCGCUUUCUGCAGCAACACCGCCUCCUGCUGGCCAGCUCUCUGUCAGGCACAGGACAUCUGAAGUCUGUGUGUCUCUCCCACAAUUCCCUGGGCUCCAUAGGAAUGGAGCUGGUUCUGAAGACACUACCUCUUCAUUCGCUCACACACCUUGACCUGUCUGCAAUCCGCAGAGGGCCUGCAGACUCUCCCAGUACAGAGCACCUGGCAGCCCACUUGUCUCAGGAAGGCUGCUCUUUGAUACACCUCAGCUUGGCUGGGAAUGGACUCAAGGACUCUGACCUCGCUGCCCUGGCCAGGUGCCUUACUGUGUGUCCCACCCUGGUGUCUCUGGACCUCUCAGGAAAUCCUGGAGUUACGGCAGCCGGACUGGAGACGCUACUGUCUGCGCUCCGCGAAUCCCAGCGCCCUUUGCGCUUCCUCAACUUGGCAGGCUGUCUUGUGUCCGGCCCAUGGGAUAGCACAAGCAUCAACAACUUGUCUGCUUGUGUCUGGGAGCUGCGUCUGUGCUCCCAGCGCCUCAACAAGCUGGACCGGGAGGAACUGCUGCGCAGAUGGAGCGAAGGGGCCGAACGUAGCCUGGUGUCCCGGCUCAGCAAGUGUUUCAUCAGAGCUGCCGCACCCCUGGGAGACCCAAUGACACUGCCUGGGCCUUGACCACAGCCAAGAAGAAGAUUUUCAGUUUUACCAGCUGACUUUCUUUUUGAUAGCUGUAUACUGCUGGGGCAGCAUGUGUUUAAUCUUCAUCUGUCUAGACAAAUUGCACAGACAAAAGCACUUUGUCACAGCCUCGGUGUCAAUGUGCCUCCCUGAAGCCACAGGCAUCAAACUGUUCUCAGGCCGUUUCUGUAUGCACAUCUCACCUAUGGGUCUGUGUUGGUGUGGAGCCAUUUUAUAGAUGAAAAAUCAUUUGCUUGUAAAAAAUUCUGUAUUAAAAUAACAUUUGCCUUUUG